AUGCAUUCACAACUCGCUCGAGAGGAGAGCUCAAGAAAGCUUGGGCGUGCAGAAUUAGGACCCCAUGUUCAUGAGAGGCAGAUGCCCUUCUGGCUUCGGAAGAUGCUGGAGAAGGGGCCAAAAGUGACGCGAACAAGUCAGAUCGCGCCCGAUGGGACACUCCAGAAACUGGAAACCAUUGAAAAUGAGGCUACUGAUAUAAUACCCAUUCUCGAGCGUCUCUGCAGAGCCGACAACUCGGUGAAACGGGCUUUCCUAUGCAGCCCCAAAACUUCUCAGGUUUCUAAGCUGCCGAGAGAAGGCGGAUUUUGCGGCUACCGGAACAUUCAAAUGCUGAUCUCAUACAUACGGCAAUCUGAUCUCCCGAGUCAGGACCGCUUUUCUGGGCCGCUACCUACUAUCCUAGAACUACAAGAUAUGAUUGAACAUGCAUGGGAUAUGGGGCUUAAUAGCGCGGGGAGAGAAGAGACUGGGGGCAUACGUGGCACCAGGAAAUUCAUUGGCACAUCGGAGGCACAGGCUCUGUUUCUGAGACUUGGAAUCCAAUGUGAGGCUUGUAGUAUUGGAGAAACCCCGCAGCUACGGGCUCAUGACGCUUUAUUGUCGAAUGUUGCAAGCUAUUUUCGAGCAGAGAGUUCACGUCGCACCGAUGAGAAAGUCCUCACGACAUGUCUACCUCCCAUCUACUUCCAGCAUCAAGGUCAUUCCAUGACCAUCGUUGGAUUCGAAGUCCGUGACGAUGGAAGUGCAAACCUUCUCGUUUUUGAUCCGAAACUUCAGGUCCCUUCCGGCAUGAAGCGUUCCAGGGGUGUGCACUCCAAAUUUCGCAAUCCAGUCCAUGCCCUGAAGGGAUACCGGCGCGGGAUAAGUUACUUGCAAAAGUAUCGAGUUUUCGAAAUACUCAACCCUAGCGAAGGGUGACUGCAGCAAGGCUGUUGUAAAUAUAAAUGUUUGCUGUAACAACCUACACCUACGCUCUAUGAUCUGCCAUAGGCAGCUACUACGAAGUAAUAAAUAAGU